UCUUCUCACGACCCUGUCUCGACUGGAGCUUAGCAUAGCUUCUGCUUCGCCUUGCCAAUAUUUUGCGCCGGAAUCUUCUUGCUUGCUUUUAUUUUCCGUUCGGCACGCUGAACCCCUCGGCGCACUUCCCUCGAGCCUGCUUGCAGAUCAACACCAAAAGAGAAGGAUACACGAGUCGCUGACACAACAUGCCUCCAGCGUACACAACGCAGCAGAAGGCUGCGAUCAGCCAGUUCAUGAGCUUUACACAGAUGGAUCGCACCGCUGCGGUACGGGUGCUCAAGAGCCACGGGUGGGAUGCCCAGAACGCCGUUAACGCCUACUACAGCGGCGGAGGAGGCAGUUCGAACGCCGCUGCUAACAAGGCGACGCUCAACAAGCUCUUCGACAAGUACCGCGAGGAUGCAGCUGGGGAGCCGGAUCUGAUCGGCGUUGACGGCACAAUGAGCUAUCUCCAGCAGCUGGAAGUAGACCUCGAGGGCAUGGACUCUCUCGCCGCGCUCGAGAUUAUCCAGGCUCCUACUAUGGGCGAGAUCACUCGAGACGGCUUCGUCAACGGCUGGCUGGAGCGCGAAUGUGAAACGGUCGACAAGCAGAAAGCCUACAUCAAGAAUCUCAAGACGCAGCUAGCGACUGAUAAGACAGUCUUUACGCGCGUCUACAAGUACACAUUCUUCCUCGCCAAAACCGCUCAACAGAAAGCCGUCGCCCUUGACGCCGCCACGGCGUACUGGGAUCUCCUCUUUGCGUCCCCCCUCUCCGCAGUCCAGUGGUCGUGUCCCACGACCCCGUGGCUCGCCUGGUGGAAAGAGUUCCUCGAGCACUCGUGGAAAAAGAGCGUCAACAAGGACAUGUGGAAUGAGACGCUCAAAUUUGCGCAACUAACGCUCGAGGAUGAACAGAUGGGAUUUUGGUCGGAAGAGGCAUCCUGGCCGUCGGUUGUGGAUGAUUUCGUUGAGUGGGUCAGGGUGGAGAAGAGGGGUGGGGGGAAGGAGGGGGAGGCAGGUGAGGGCGAGAUGGUGUAUUGAUGUGCGCUGCCGGGAGUCGAGUACAGUGAAGAGUGUCUGGCGCCACAUGUGGGUUCACGGGAGCAUUACAUACCCCGCCUGUCUCGAAGGCGCGUUUAGGAGAUAUCGGUGCAUCUUAGCAAAGUAGCGUAGAGCGUAGCUCAACAUGGCAUUAUGGAAUACCAAGUACGGACGUCACAUGCCAUCAAACGAUCGAGAGUGAUCACAGAUAUAAAAUUGGCUCUAACGUACCAUGCUUCGUGCGUACUGC